AUGCAUAAACAUCGAGAUAUAUGUACUACGUACUAGAGAGGCGAUCGCUACUACACUCUCUUUAACACGAGCUAGAGGCAAGAAUCACAAGUCUCUUUAGUCUGUGCCGGACGCUUGCCGCGUCAACACGUGUUAUUGCUCUGUUCAAAAUGCCUUCGUGUGUGCUAAGAUAUUGUUUUAACAGUUCCCAUAAUACAAACAAAUCCCGAGGAGUGACGUUUCACCAGUUUCCAUGUCUGGGCCGUGAAGAAAGGGAAAAAUGGGUAAAAUUUGUCCAAAACAACCGCAGUGAAGAAACCUGGUUACCAUCCGAUAGAACUUGCGUCUGUUCAUUGCAUUUUCGCGAUGAGGAUAAAUAUACCACAAAAGCGGGAAGGCGUUUUCUAAAGAAGUCUGCUGUUCCUUGUAUUGAUGUUAGUAAUAAUAAUAAAAUUUUACGGAUUUGUAUAACAAAUAAAAUAUUAUUUUAGC